AUGCGGUCUCAGAUGAUAGGUGGGCUUGAGUCAGAAGCAGCCGGAAAGUCCGUAGGAGAGUUUACUCUCCGAGCCUCGGGAUUUCCAAGGGAACCUUUUCCCGUACGGAAUGCAGAUGCAGAUAUGCGGAUGCAGAUGCAGGAUGAAGAAAGAAAGAGAGGAAGAAACAAAGUAGUAGUAAGAGAGACAGAGCCGCCAACUCGAUUCCCAUCUCACCGUCAAAUUGUGUCCAGCCCUGGCUCCCGAACUGGUCGUGGCGCCUGUCCCUGUCCCUGUACCCCCGUCCCGCAUUCUAUCGCCGGAUUCACUGCGAUUGUUGAUUUCUGGCGACUCCCAAUACCAACGUCCUUUUUCUCCUUGACACAGCACAGCAUACUCAUCCCAUCCGCAGGCGACGAUAUACCCUUGGACAUCAAUCCCUUUCUUCGACCUUCGCUUGCCUUACUUGUACUUCGCAAAGCAAAGAUCACCCCCAAGCCCAAGUCCAAGUCCAAGUCCAAGUCCCAAUCCACGCAAGCUCCCCAGCCUGAACUAUCGAACCGCUGUCGUUUCAGCAACUGGAAUACGCGCCGGGUCGUAAGCCCGUUACGAGAUCAACACGCCAGCAGCGAGCCACGAGCUGGAGCCCUUGGCUUUGGCUUCGUCCUACUCCCUGUGGCACAUGGCAUUGGCUUCUUAAGAGAGUACAAGCUCGUUGUCGUAGGUGGAGGUGGAGUUGGAAAGUCUUGCUUGACGAUCCAGUUGAUACAGAGCCAUUUUGUCGAUGAAUAUGAUCCGACAAUUGAAGAUUCCUACCGCAAGCAAUGCGUGAUCGAUGAAGAGGUAGCGCUCCUAGACGUUCUUGACACGGCCGGGCAAGAAGAAUACUCCGCGAUGCGAGAACAAUACAUGAGGACAGGCGAGGGUUUCCUACUUGUAUACAGCAUCACAAGCAGGCAGUCCUUUGACGAAAUCCUGGUUUUUCAACAACAGAUCCUCCGGGUCAAAGAUAAAGAUUACUUCCCGAUAAUCGUGGUGGGCAACAAGUGUGAUUUGGAAGGCGAGAGACAAGUAUCAAAGCAGGAGGGCGAAGCACUAGCCCGCUCCUUUGGCUGCAAGUUCAUUGAGACAUCCGCCAAAUCCCGCAUCAACGUUGACAACGCUUUUUACGACAUCGUCCGCGAAAUCAGACGCUACAACAAGGAAAUGGCCGGCUACACAGCAGGUGGCGGCAGCGGCGCAGGGAGCGGAGGACCAUCGGGCAAGAUGGAGGUCAGUGAGGGUGAGCAGAACCGAAACUGCUGCUGCAUAAUCAUGUAA